UACAUUGGCUACAGACGAAAACUUGUACUUUUUGUUGUUUAAGUGUGGAAAUCAACCUAUUUUUACUGUUAUCGUUGGUAGAUAGUUAACUUAAUGUUGGCUAAUGUUUAUAUAAUAGUGCCUGAUAGGCUCAUUCAUUCUUUCAUUCAUCUAACGAGGGUAAAGUGAAGUCAUGCCCAGUGACAGUAAGUUCAAGAAGUACUUUAUUAAGCCUAAACCCAUUGUGAUGGAUGAGGAGAUUCUGAAGGAGGCCAUAGUGGAGCAAACCACUCAAGAUAAGGCCGGGAAUGUUGUCCAGGCGGAGGGAAUCCACUUCGAGGAAAUCCUUCAACUACUUCUGGAAAACAGAAACAUUGGGAAGAUCGACCACUUAUGGGACUUCACAUCCUUGACCAGACUGGAUUUGAACACCAACGUCAUCGAGAAGAUUGAGGGCCUGGAUCGUCUGGUUAAUCUGACCUGGCUAAAUCUCUCUUUCAACCACAUAGAGAAAAUUGAGGGUCUGGAGUCUCUGCGGAAGCUUGAAGUGCUGAAUUUGUCUAAAAACAACAUUUCUGUCAUUGAAAACAUGGACACACUUGAGAAACUCACUAAUUUCCUAUUUGCAAAAAACCUCCUUGGACAGUUGGACAACGUGCUCUAUCUCAGGAAGUUCAAGAACCUGUUCAGCAUCAACCUAUCUGGAAACCCUGUCUCUGAGGAGGAAGAUUACAAAUAUUUCAUCGCAGCCUACUUUCCAAACUUGAUGUGCCUCGACUACAGAUUAAUUGACGAGAACACAAAAAAAGAAGCAGCGAUUAAAUACCAAUAUGUCUUGGAGGAGUUGAGACACAAGGAGCUGCAGCAGAAACAAGCUGAAGAGGCCGAGCAAAGACGCAAAGCUGAACUCAAACUACACACGGAUGCCUUUGUGGAGUUCCUGAACGGCCCUCAGCUGUUUCAGAGCAUGAUUGAAGACGAUCCAGAGGCAGAGACACUACAAUGUGUGCCUGAAUUGGCUCAUCUGCGUCAAGCAUUUGAGCAGCAGAUUGUGGAGCAGUGUGUGCAGUUAUUUGAAACAGGUUUGUCUGAACACAAGCGGAGAGAGACGGAGGUGAAGUCCUUCUUCACUGGUCACAGUCAGGCUGUGACUGGUUACCAGCAACACGCUGCACACAUACUGGCACAGUCUGAGCAGCAACACAAAGAGAGGAUAGCCGAGCUGCAGCAGUUAUCAGACACAGACCAGCUGAAAGCCACCAUCGACCACUGCAACGAAGAAACCAGCAAACUCUGUGCCAGCCUCAUGGAGCUGGAGUUUCAGCUGGUCAGCCAGCUGGAGGAUAUCAUCAAGAAGUUGGACAUCAGCAUCUCAGAGAUGGUUGGCAACUUCAUUGAAACCGCUAAGGGAAUAUUUGAGCAAUGUCAAGAUCUGGAGGAUGAUUAUCAUGAGAAGGUGAGACAGAUCUGUGUGGCGACUCUGGAGAAAGUUGCUCAGGAGAAGCUGGACUGGCACAUGACAGAUGAGGUUCAGAUGUUGUUUGAAGAUAAAGACACAGUGAUGGACGCUCUGGACACCAGCCAUGAUAACCACCUGCUGAGGAUCAAUGAGAGAGAGACUCAGCUGGUUUCACGUGCUGAUGCCUGGAAAGUGGCUCUACUUAAAGAGAUUGAAGACAAUGAACUUAAGAGGAACCGAACACGCAUCUCAGACAUCCAGAGAUAUGUGGACCAUCUGAGGGAGCAGCUGGAGGAGUUCUUGUAGCACCAUCUGUCAAACAUUUACCCCCAAAAUGUUUAUGAAUGGGGUUUUAGAAAAAGAGAAAACACAACCUGACUGGACAACAAUAACACAUUUAUUUGUAUUAAAGUAAAACUAUUUGUCUUUUAUGAUUUCUAUAUAAUAUGUUUUGUACACAAUAAAAAAUCUUAAGAAAUA